GCAUUCACAUGAGCAGGGAAGGGGCAGAGAGAGAGAAAGAAUCCCAAGCACAGAGCCCCACUUGGGGCUCGAACUCAUGAACCAUGAGAUAGAGCUGAGCCGAAACCAAGAGUUGGAUGCUUAACCAACUGAGACACCCAGGUGCCCCUCGUGCCUCACGACACAGUUUUAAAAUUCAAGCCCUUCUCCUACACCUUGGACACCCAAGUUAAUUUUAUGAGUAGAGCCACUUUUAAAACACAUCACAAAGCCCAUCAUCUGAGUAGUUUAGGAUAUAAGGACUUUUUGAAUCUGUAUAUGACACUGUUCCUGGAAUGUACUCCAGCCCGAAGAGCCACUCCUACAACAUCAGGCCAUUUGCUUUAUGUGUUCAUCCUAUAAAUAAACAUUCGUGAUCUCCCCAAACAUAACCACUCAACUGUGUUAUUUUUAAGUGACAUUUAAUUUGUGAGGCCGCAUGCUCGGGAAAAAUUACUAGCACCGUAUUAAGCCUUCAUCCCCCCCCCUCUUUUUCUGAUUCUUUCAAGUGACUUCUACAAGCCCCCCAAACUGGCAUUGAUUGAAAUUGUUCUAGCCAAGCAAUUGUUCAAAAUAAAACAACCGAGAGAGCAGGGCCUAAUUUCAGAGAUUUCUACAAGGACUCAAGUGUAAGAGAUUCCCUUCUGAGGAAUAAUUUGGGGGGAAGAAAAGCCCCUUGUCUUCUAUCCGAGCAUAUACAAUAUUUGUGAAACGAAUGGCACAAAUGUACAGAAAAUACCUGAAGACGGAUCAUAGUCAUUACCUUUGGGGAGGGAGUGGAGCGGACAGACGGAUGGGUGUUUGGGGCAGAGGGCCCCGGAUGGCUGUUUUGUUACUAGCGACGUGUGGGACUUGUAUUAUCUAGAAGGAGGAACAGAGGAAUGGCCCUGUGUGACGGUGUGGCAUGGCCAGCCACUGAGGGACCCAGCUCUGCCUUUGAACUUCUCUGUGACCUUGAGGAACUCCCUUCCCCUUUCUGGGCCUCAGGGGAGGUUUCUUGAUGCGGAGAGGAACAUGGCAGCAGACAGACUCACGCUAACAAUUCCCUUCUGUUCUCAGACAAGUUAAUGGAGAGCCAGCCAGGGACGUCAGUGUGGAGUGGAAAAACCGUUUUGGCCAACUUCCUGACAGAAUCUUCUGACAUCACCGAAUACAAUCCGACCCAGGGAGUAAGGAUCCUGGAAUUUGAGAACCCGCACGUCACCAGCGGCGACAAAGGCACGGCAUGUGAAUUUGAGCUGUGGGAUUGUGGCGGUGACCCCAAUCCCACAGGUAGAAACCAGAAGCACCUAACAUCCGCUCUGAAUCCAGUGCUGCCUUGCAGGUUCGAGUCUUGCUGGCCAGCCCUGAUGAAGGAUUCCCACGGGGUGGUGAUCGUCUUCAAUGCCGACACCCCAAGCCACCUGAAGGAAAUCGACAUGUGGUAUUCCUGCUUCGUCCAGCAGCAGCUCCUACAGGACACUCAGUGUCUGUUGAUCGCACACCACAAACCAGGCUCUGGAAGUGAUAAAGGAAACCUGUCUUUGUCACCCCCCUUGAACAAGCUGAAGCUGGUGCACUCGAACCUGGAGGAUGACCCUGAAGAGAUCAGGGUGGAGUUCAUAAAGUAUUUAAAGAGCAUAGUCAAUUCAGUGUCUGAAAGCAGAGACCGGGAGGAGAUGUCGAUUAUCACGUGACCAGCCUUCAUCCGGACUCUUCCGCGUUGCAGAUGGGGUCAGCUCAUUUCCCAGUGCACAUCUAGAAUCUCGUCCAGCUAUUGAUGUGUCCUCCCCGUGGCCGUAGAAGAGCUUUUCCUUGUCUGCUCUAAGGUACCAGUCUACCAGGGAGUUGACUCCUACCGUUCGUUCUCUAUCCUUCGUUCAGUUGAGAAAAUCCUAUUGUCGAAUUCUGAUUCCUUUGCCCCGGAUCUCUCCAAGAGCUGGAAAGCUGAGGUGUUUUUCUUUCCUCUUCCUAGACAUCAAGAGGAAUUAUAACUGUCCGAGCCAAACGAUACAAUAGUAGUUUCA